AAAAGUCGUUGAUGAAUUAUAUGUCCGAGACGGCACUUCGCUGCAGGGAUAUGUUGCUUAAUCAGAUGAUUGCCGAUUAUCAAUUCAAGUCCAAAGUCAUCGGAGAUGAGUAUCAAAGCAUUGCCGACAAAGCGUUGAGCGUCCCACCAAACACGUCCGAAUUGAUGGAGCUCAGCCUGUUCGUGCGCAAAGCAGAAACGGAGAUGACGUUAAAUCUAGAAAACCGACUCCGCGAGAUCCUGACGUAUAUAUUAUUCUUGUCCGAUUAUGUUCCGCUCUCGUCCGUCGAAAUCAAAACCAACAACUUCGCAUUCCAAUGGUAUCACCGGUUGCCGUCGGUGUUCGAAGAGCAUCGACGUAUAAUCGACGGAAAAACCGGCGAGUAUCAAGAGGCACUGACGCAACGCAUACAGAAGUUCAACCAAGACCUGCAGACGUACGCGAAGCAGUGCGACGAGAUGCAGUAUUGGGGCAGCGUCGACGAGAUAUUCCGAUAUAAAAAGAAAGCCGACAGGCUCGAGGCGCGUUUGGUUAAGGCUGUGGAAACUAUCGACGAGUUCAAUAAAGAGGAGCAAAUGUUUGGCUGGGAGAUAUCUCAGUAUCCCCAGAGGAAAAAGAUCGCCGACAAGCUAAGCCCAUACAAAAAAUUCUACGACGCGGCAUGCGAAUUUCUGUCGAGCCACGAGAAGUGGAUGGGCUCGAUGGUAGGUAGUCACGACCCGGACGUGAUCGAGUCGGAGUCUGGUACGGCAUACCGCUCGGUGCUCAAGUUGGAGAAGAGCUUUCAAGAGCCAGCAGUGCGCAAAUUGGCCGAGACCGUGAGACUUACCAUCGAGGAAUUCCGCGAGCAUAUGUCGCUCAUCAUGACUCUCGGUAAUCCAGGUAUGAAGGCACGUCACUGGGAGCAAGUUUCCGAGAUAGUUGGCUUCCCCAUCAAAGUCGACUCUAACAUGACCUUGCUCAAGGUGAUCGAUUUUGGUUUGGACGAGUACGUGUCGAAAUUCGAGACAAUAUCCGAGGCAGCGACGAAAGAGAGUAACUUGGAAAAAGCUCUGGUGAAGAUGCACGUCGAUUGGGCAGACGUGGAAUUCACUGUGAAUCCGUAUCGCGACACUGGUACCUACGUAAUCGCCAGCGUGGAUGACAUUCAGUUGUUACUCGACGAUCACCUAACGAAAGCUCAGACAAUGAAAAACUCGCUGUACAUCAAGCCGUUCGAGAAGGAGACUUUAGAGUGGGAAGCAAAGUUAUAUUUGCUCCAGGACAUUAUGGAUCACUGGCUCAAAGUGCAAGCAACUUGGAUGUACUUGGAGCCAAUAUUCUCAUCGCCGGAUAUUCAACAGCAGAUGCCCGAGGAAGGACGCAGAUUCAGCGCCGUCGACAAAAUAUGGAGAGACAUAAUGUCGAACGUUGUGGUAGAUCCGAAGGUCAUGUCAGUGGUAGAGAUCGACAAGAUGCUCGACCGCCUGAAGAAAUCCACGAAUCUACUGGAUUUGAUUCAAAAGGGUUUGAACGACUAUUUGGAAAAGAAACGUUUGUACUUCCCGCGCUUCUUCUUCCUGUCCAACGACGAGUUAUUGGAGAUUCUCUCCGAGACGAAAGAUCCAACGAGAGUGCAACCGCACCUGAAGAAGUGUUUCGAGGGAAUAGCGCGAUUGACUUUCACGGACAGCAUGGAGGUGACGUCGAUGAUCUCGUCGGAAGGCGAGCGUGUCGUCUUGGAGGACGUCAUCGAUACUUCGGCCACCAAGGGCCAAGUCGAGAAGUGGCUCGUCGAAUUGGAAGGCUGCAUGAAGAGCAGCGUCCGCGCGCAAGUAAGUGCUGCGAGCAACGCUUACCCGACAAAGGCGAGGAGCUCGUGGGUGUUGGACUGGCCGGGUCAAACCGUGCUGUGUAUAUCGCAGCUGUAUUGGACGAGCGACAUUACGGCGGCGAUGCCGGAGUCGCCCGACGGCUUGCGAAACUACGUCGAAUGCUGCAAUCGCGAGCUCGCAGAGAUCGUCCUUCUCGUUCGUGGCCAGCUGUCAACGCAGAAUCGCACCACGCUGGAGGCACUGGUCACGCUGGAUGUGCACGCCAGAGACGUGCUGGUUGGCCUGGCGGACGAGAACGUGUCGAACGUCAGCGACUUCAAAUGGAUCUCGCAGUUGCGCUACUAUUGGAUGGAGCACGAUCUGAUAACCAUGAUGAUAAACGCAUCGCUGACCUACGGCUACGAGUAUCUCGGGAACACGUCCCGCCUGGUCAUCACACCGCUGACCGAUCGUUGCUACCGCACUCUCUUCGGCGCUCUCAAUUUGCAUCUCGGCGGUGCGCCCGAGGGCCCAGCUGGUACUGGCAAGACCGAAACCACCAAGGACUUAGCUAAAGCUGUGGCCAAACAGUGUGUCGUGUUCAACUGCUCUGAUGGUUUGGACUAUAUUGCUCUCGGCAAGUUUUUCAAAGGUUUGGCAGCGUCAGGCGCAUGGUCGUGCUUCGACGAGUUCAACCGCAUAGACCUGGAGGUAUUGUCUGUGGUGGCCCAGCAGAUCCUGACAAUACAGCGCGCAAUAAUGGCCGGGCAAUCGAGUCUCGUAUUCGAAGGAACGGAGCUGCCACUGGAGCCAAGUUGCGCGAUAUUCAUCACGAUGAACCCUGGGUACGCCGGUCGAUCCGAGCUGCCUGACAAUUUGAAAGCGCUGUUCCGUUCGGUCGCUAUGAUGGUGCCGGAUUACGGAUUAAUCGCCGAGAUAUCCUUGUACUCGUUCGGCUUCUACAACGCACGCCCGCUGUCGGUGAAGAUUGUCACGGCGUAUCGCUUAUGCUCCGAGCAGCUGUCCACCCAAAGCCAUUAUGACUACGGUAUGAGGGCUGUCAAGUCUGUCCUCACCGCGGCCGGUAAUUUGAAGCUCAAAUACUCCGACGAGAAUGAAGACGUUCUCAUGUUCAGGAGUAUCAAGGAUGUCAAUUUACCCAAGUUUUUGAAUCCCGAUGUACCGCUCUUCCAUGGUAUAAUGUCAGAUCUAUUCCCUGGCGUGGUGCUGCCCGAGCCAGAUUACACGGAUUUGAACGCGAGCGUCCAAGAGGCGUGCGCUCGGGCUAACAUUCAGUGCACGGACGCGUUCUUAAUAAAAAUUCAGCAAAUCUACGAGAUGAUGCUCGUGCGGCACGGCUUUAUGAUCGUCGGUCUGCCGUUCGGCGGCAAAACCACGGCGUACAAGAUACUCGCCGCCGCGCUCGAGCUGUGCGAAGAACGGGGUCUGAUGGGCGAGCGACGGGUGGAGAUAAUCGUGAUAAAUCCCAAGUCGAUAACGAUCGGGCAGCUGUACGGCCAAUUCGACCAGACGUCCCACGAGUGGCAGGACGGAAUUCUAGCAAUCAGUUAUCGAACUUUCGCCACGUCGACGAAUAACAAUCGCAAGUGGUUGAUAUUCGACGGCCCAAUCGAUGCCGUGUGGAUUGAAAACAUGAACACGGUACUGGAUGACAAUAAAAAAUUGUGCCUGAUGAGUGGCGAGAUCAUACAGUUGGCGCCCACGACUAAUUUGGUCUUUGAGACUAUGGAUCUCGAAGCUGCUUCACCCGCUACUGUAUCGCGAUGCGGCAUGAUCUAUAUGGAACCGUCGACACUCGGUUGGGAGCCUUUGCUGAAAUCGUGGAUUGCGAAAGCGCCCAAACUCAUCAAUCAGUGGCUGAAAACGUUCGUUUAUGAGUCCUUGUUUUUAAGAUUCUGUCGGCCGUUGCUCUAUCUGCUACGUCGCUGUGGCGUCACGGAGAUGUGCCCGAUGCCCGAUACGAAUCUCGUCCAGUCGGUGACUUACUUGAUGGACUGUUUCUUGGACGACUACAGAGCUGAGAGCGUGACCGAAGUACCGAGUGAACUAGAUCUCAGAGCACAGGUCGAAGGCUCGUUUUUCUUCUCCUGCAUCUGGGCGAUGGGAGGCACUCUGACUGCAGCUGAUCGCGAAAAAUUCAGCAUCCUCUUUCGCGGUCUACUGGAAAAGGAAUUCCCAGCGGCGCUGAUGACGAAAUUCAAUUUGCCCGAGCCGAUAUUGCCACCCGCCAAGCCUUACAUCUUCCUCAUGCCGAAAGACGGUCUUGUCUUUGACUACAAAUUCAUAAAAGAGGGCAAAGGCAAAUGGAAGCUGUGGUCGGACGAUCUGAUAAAUGUGCCGGCCAUCCCUCGUGACAUCCCGGUCAAUCAGAUAAUCGUGCCGACGGUGGAGACCAUCAGGUACACGACGCUCUUCCAAUUGCUCGUGCAGCACGAGAAGCCCGUGCUAUUCUGCGGCCCCACGGGCACCGGCAAAUCCGUCUACGUGAUGGACUUUCUGCUCAAGAAGAACGACACCGUCGUCUACAAGCCGCUCUUCAUCAACUUCUCCGCUCAGACGUCUGCGAACCAGACGCAGGACAUCAUCAUGAGCAAGCUGGACAAGAGGAGAAAAGGCGUUUAUGGGCCACCGGUCGGCAAACGAUGGGUCAUCUUCGUGGACGACGUGUCGAUGCCGAUGAAAGAGGAGUAUGGUGCUCAGCCGGCUAUUGAGUUGCUCAGACAGUGGCUCGAUCACGCUCAGUGGUACGACAGAAAGGACUCAUCGGCGAUAAAAUUGAUCGAGCUGCAAUUGAUGUGCGCUAUGAGUCCACCGGUGAGUGGUGGCAAAGACGUUACGCCGAGGUUCAAGAGGCAUUUCUUCGUCACCACUAUUGCCGAGUUUUCCGAUCAAGUUAUGAUCGCUAUAUUCAGUCGAAUUAUUCUCUGGCACCUCGAUACGCGUGGGUUCAGCAAGGAAUUCGAUCCUUGCAUAGAUCAAGUUGUCUUAGCGACUUUGGACGUCUACAAAAAGAGCCUCGAAUUCUUGCUGCCUACACCAGCGAAAUCGCAUUACCUCUUCAAUCUUCGCGAUUUCUCGCGUGUCAUUCAGGGCGUAUUGCUGUCGGUGCCGGAAACAAUGCCAACGCUCGAGAGCAUGAAAAGGCUAUGGGUGCACGAGAUAUUGCGCGUGUUCGGCGAUCGAUUGGUUGAGCAGAGCGAUAUUAAUUGGCUUAUCGAGCAGAUACGCGCGACUCUGGCCGAAAAAAUGGAAAUUGAUUUGGACUUGAUGCUCGCCGAGCUGAAAACUGACAGACGUAUACCGGUUGGCGAAGCAGAAUUGCGAAAGCUCGUUUACUGCGAUUUCGCUGAUCCGAAAGCCGACGUCCGCUUGUAUCAGGAAGUCGAGGAUUUGGAGUUGCUGCGUAGCAUCGUUGAAAAUUAUCUUAGCGAGUACAAUUCGAUGACGAAGAAGCCGAUGAAUUUGGUAUUGUUUCGCUUUGCCAUUGAACAUCUGUCGAAAAUCGCAAGAAUCAUCAAACAACCGAGGAGCCACGCGUUACUCGUCGGCGUUGGUGGUUCCGGUCGGCAAUCGCUCACGAGAUUGGCUUCUCACAUAUGCGAUUACGAGGUACAUCAAGUUGAAAUAACGAAAACUUAUGGGCAACACGAUUGGCACGAGGACAUCAAGAAGAUUUUGCUCAAGACGACGUCCAGCGAGUUGCACACGACUUUCCUCUUUACCGACACGCAGAUCAAGGAAGAGAGCUUCUUGGAGGACAUUAAUAACAUGCUGAACACGGGAGAGGUGCCGAAUCUGUUCAGCAACGAGGAGAAGGCUGAAAUAUGCGAGAAAAUGCGACAGAUAGAUCGCCAGCGUGAGAGAUCGAUGCAGACGGACGGCAGCCUUGUCGCUCUAUUCAAUCUGUUUGUACAAAUAGCUCGCGAGCAACUGCAUGUCGUUGUGGCGAUGUCGCCUAUCGGCGAUGCCUUCAGAAACCGAAUAAGGAAAUUUCCGGCCCUUGUCAAUUGUUGCACCAUUGAUUGGAUGCAGCCGUGGCCAGAGGACGCGCUGUCGGCGGUAGCGAUGAAGUUCCUUGGCGAGAUCGAGCUCGGCGAGUUGGAGCGCAAGGCUGCCAUCGAAAUGUGCCAAUUCUUCCACGUAUCCACGCAGAGUCUCAGCCUCGAGUUCCUCGAGCGUCUCGGUCGACACACUUACGUGACGCCCACCUCGUACUUGGAGCUCAUCAGUACCUUCAAGGACCUGCUCGCGAUGAAACGAAGCGAAAUCAUGCUGAGCAAAACGCGCUACGAGGGCGGUCUCGGCAGACUGGACGGCACGCAGCGCGACGUGGCCGUGAUGCAAGACACCCUCAAGCAGCUGCAACCGCAGCUGCUCACCGCCGCAGCGGACGUGCAGAAGAUCCUCGCCCGCGUGGAGAAGGAGAGCGCCGACGUCGCCGAGGUCGAGAAAAUUGUCAAGAUCGACGAGGAAGCUGCCAUGGAUGUGGCUAGUCGAGCGGCGGAAAUUAAGGCCGAGUGCGACUCCAAUCUUGCCGAGGCCAUGCCAAUAUUGAACGAGGCUCAAGCUGCUCUGGACACUCUAACGCCCGCCGACAUUGCUGUCGUCAAAGCUAUGAAAAACCCGCCUGCCGGCGUCAAACUCGUCAUGGAGAGCGUGUGCAUCUUGAAGGAACUCAAACCAGAAAGAGUACAGCAGCCAGAUGGUCGAAUGGCUGAAGAUUACUGGAAGGUGUCUCUGAAAGUUUUAAGUGACGUCAAAUUCCUCGACAGCUUAGUGAACUUUGAUAAGGACAAUAUAGCUGAGCGCGUAAUUGACAAGAUCCGCCGUGAUUAUCUGACGAACGUCAAUUUUGAUCCGGAAAAAAUUAAGAACAUCUCGACAGCUUGCGAAGGCUUAUGCAAAUGGGUUUUCGCCAUAUCUGAGUACGACAAAGUUGCCAAAGUCGUGGCACCUAAAAAAAAGGCACUAGCCGAAGCCCAAGCACUCUACGACGAAGCAAUGGUACAGUUGACAAUCAAACGCGAACAAUUGCGACUUGUUCAGAUGAAAUUGGCAGCACUAGAAGACGAGUUGAAGUCGAGAAAAGGGGAUUAUCAGUUAAUGAUGGAUAAGGUCACAGACUGCGAGCAGAAAUUAAAGAGGGCCGAAGAGCUUAUUGGCGGAUUGGGUGGAGAGUAUCAGCGUUGGUCAGAUGCUGCAAGAGAAUUAGGGGAAAGAUACCAAAGAUUAACCGGAGAUAUAAUGAUCGCGUCGGGAGUAAUCGCGUAUUUGGGUCCUUUUACAACGCCUUAUCGAAUGAAACAAGUCGACAGUUGGGUCGAGCUUUGUAUAAAACUUCAAGUCGUGUGCACGAGAGAUUUUCAAUUGCGCGAUAUACUCGGCAUUCCAGUCCUCAUAAGAUCAUGGAAUAUUCAUGGCUUGCCCACCGACUCGUUUUCCGUCGAUAAUGGAAUCAUCGUCAAGAACGCAAGACGUUGGCCGCUGAUGGUCGAUCCACAGAGUCAAGCGAACAAGUGGAUCAAGAACAUGGAAAAGGACAACAAUAUGAGCAUAAUAAAGCUAAGCCAAAAUGAUUAUCCGAGAAAUCUCGAGAACGCGAUACAAUUUGGCCAGCCGGUCCUGUUGGAAAACAUCGGCGAAGAACUGGACGCGAUGCUUGAGCCUGUACUAAUGAAGCAAACCUUCAAGCAGGGAGGUGCUUUGUGCAUCAAACUCGGCGAUACCGUCGUUGAGUACAGCGAAGACUUCAGAUUGUACAUUACGACGAAGCUAAGGAAUCCACACUACUUGCCAGAAAUCGUGGUGAAGGUAACUUUGAUCAACUUCAUGAUAACUUCGAGUGGCUUGGAAGAUCAGCUAUUGGGCAUCGUGGUCGCGAAAGAGAGGCCCGAUCUGGAAGCCGAGAAGAAUUCGCUGAUCAUUCAAGGAGCAAGCAAUAAAAAGAUGCUGAAAGAGACAGAGGAUAAGAUCCUGGCGUUGUUGUCGAGCUCCGAAGGCGAUAUACUGGAGGACGAGGAAGCAAUAGCAGUGUUGAGCUCGUCGAAAACUUUGAGCAAUGAGAUCCAAGUGAAGCAGGCUGCGGCCGAAAUCACCGAGAGGACGAUCGAUAUGACUCGCUUGCAGUACUCGCCCAUCGCCGUUUACAGCAGCGUCCUCUUUUUCACCACCGCGGACUUGGCAAACAUCGACCCGAUGUACCAGUACUCGCUCGCUUGGUUCGUUAAUCUCUUCAAGAUGGCGAUCGAUAACACAGAGCAAGUGGACGAGGUCGACGUGCGCAUCGACGACCUGAAAAAGUAUUUCACGCGCUCGCUCUACGAAAACGUCUGUCGAUCCCUCUUCGAGAAGGACAAACUGUUGUUUUCAUUUCUGCUCGUUGUCAAUUUGCUGAACAACGAGGGUCGACUCGUGCACCCACAAUGGAUGUUUGCUCUCACCGGCGGCGUGGGUUUGGAAAAUCCUUACAAGAAUCCCACUACGUGGCUGCCAACUCAGGGCUGGAAUGAAAUCUGCCGGCUCGACGAUGUUGUUGGUUUCAAGGGCGUAAAAGAAUCCAUCGAGAACGACAGGGACGAGUGGAAAGUUAUUUACGACUCGAAAGAGCCGCAGAGCAUGACGUUCCCCGAGCCAUUCGACAAGUUGUCGGAUUUCGAAAGAAUUUUAAUUUUACGCUGUUUGAGGCCCGAUCGCAUCAUUCCCGCGGUGCAGAACUUCGUCGAAUCCCAAGCCGGCGCGGAGUACGUAGAGCCACCGCCGUUCGAUUUGGCCUCGCCGUACGCCGACUCGAACUGCUGCGUGCCAUUGAUUUUCAUUCUGACACCUGGUGCUGAUCCGAUGCAGCUUCUGCUCAAAUUCGCGGACGACCAGGGCUUCGGGCAGAAGAGACUCUUUUCGCUGUCUCUCGGUCAAGGUCAAGGGCCGAUAGCAGUGCAAAUGAUAAACAACGGCGUGAAGGAAGGCAACUGGAUCGUCCUGCAAAACUGUCAUCUAGCCAAAAGUUGGAUGGGCACUUUAGAAAAGAUCUGCGAGGGUUUAAUCCCCGACACCAUUCACCCGGACUUUCGUCUCUGGUUGACCAGUUACCCGGUGGAUCACUUCCCGGUAUCGAUUCUGCAGAACUCGAUAAAAAUAACCAACGAGCCGCCGAAAGGUCUACGCGCCAACGUGUUGAAGUCCUACAUGAACGAUCCAAUAAGCGAUCCGGAAUUCUUUGAAUCGUGCGAGCAAGGCGAGGUGUUCAAGAAAUUGCUGUACGCCUUGUGCUUCUUCCACGCGACGGUGCAGGAGAGGCGCAAAUUCGGCUCGAUCGGCUGGAACACCCCGUACGAGUUCAACGAGACCGACUUGAGAAUCAGCGUCCUGCAGCUGAGAACCUUUCUCAACGAAUACGAGGACGUGCAGUACGAGGCCUUGAAGUACCUCACCGGCGAGUGCAACUACGGCGGCAGAGUGACCGACGAUUGGGAUCGGCGCACGCUCAUGGCCAUACUGCGUACAUUCUAUUGCGAGCAACUCGUCGACAGCGAGCGAUACUACUUCGAUCCCACCUCUGAAAUCUACUAUUGCCCGGCUUUCAAGGAAUACGAGGCCUAUCUGUCCUACACCAGGAAGUUCCCCAUCAUCACGGAGCCCAGCGUUUUCGGGCUUCACGAGAACGCCGAUAUCGUCAAGGAUAUGCAGGAGACUGAUCUGCUGUUCUCGUCGUUACUUCUUACACAGGAGAAAUCAGGGAGCGACUCGGGCGGCGCAUCCAACGACGAGGUUGCUUAUAAAGUUUGCUCGGAUAUUCUGGCGAAGUUGCCAGCUAACUACGACCUCGUACUUGCAAUGGAAAAAUACCCGACUUCGUAUAACCAAAGCAUGAACACUGUUCUCGUCCAAGAAAUGGGCAGAUUCAACAAACUGUUGUCAUGCAUACGAAGCAGCCUAAUAAACGUUCAGAGAGCGAUCAAAGGUAUAAUUGUGAUGUCGUCAGAGCUGGAGCAAGUGUUUUACGCGCUGCUGGUAGGCAAAAUUCCAAGUCUCUGGAUGCGCAGCUCGUAUCCGUCUUUGAAAACUUUGGGCAGCUACGUCGAAGACUUUUUGGCUCGAUUGAAAUUUUUGCAAGAUUGGUAUGACAACGGCCCGCCGGCGACUUUCUGGCUGUCUGGCUUUUAUUUCACUCAGGCUUUUCUCACGGGCAUCCGGCAAAAUUAUGCGAGGAAGUAUCAAAUGCCGAUAGACCUGUUGGUUUACGACUUCCAAAUGAUAAAGGAAACCACGGUGACCAAGCCACCGGAAGACGGGGUUUACGUUUACGGGAUGUUUUUGGAUGGCGCGCGGUUCAACAGAGAACAAAUGAUCGUCGACGAGAGUUUGCCAAAGAUUCUGUACGACGAGUUGCCCUACAUUUGGAUGAUACCUAAGAGAAAAGAAGACAUUCAGCCGAGACUGAGUUACACGUGUCCUAUGUACAAAACAAGCGAGAGGCGCGGCACACUUUCUACCACGGGCCAUUCGACCAAUUUUGUAAUUGCUGUGGAGUUGCCGACGAGUCAACCUCCAGAGCAUUGGGUCAUCCGAGGCGUUGCAAUGCUAUGUCAAUUGUCAGACUGAAUUUUCUUUAUUGCACG